AUUGGACUUAACUUCGUUUGUGACAUUAGAGUUGUCCUACACCCAAUGCGGACUAGGUAUUAGCUGUGAGGUAUUUUGAAAUGAAGGUCGUUGGUGUCUGGAUGAGUGAUUCUAAAGUAGACAGCAUCGGGCUUAAUACUCUUUUACGCGAGAAGAGAAGUGAUCUUCUAUUUAGAAAGGUUUUUUGCCGAUUUUUUGUCUAAAAAGUGAAAACGUAGAUCAAUCCGUGUAUUAGUGUAUCAGAACAAGGACCCUUUGACGUAAUCCUUCACAAAAUACCGGAAUUUUUGAGCGGGGAUUCCAGCAAACAGAGUCGAAAAAUUAUAGAAAAUUUUAUCAACUAUGCAAAAAGUAAUCCUCAUGUUCUGUUCAUAGACUCACCGAUGUCACUCACGUGUUUGUUAACACGUCUUAAUCAGUUUUCUUUGCUCCGAGAUAUUGUAGCGAUGUCGGAUAUAAGAAAUGAAAUAUUUGUGCCCAAAUUUUGCCUCUUACCACAAAAAGACCCUACGAAAUUAUGUGACGCUGGUAUUUCUUACCCUAUAGUUUGCAAGUCACUAAUGGCCCAUGGAAAUGAUAAUGUACAUAAGAUAGCUAUUGUUUUCAAUGACUCAGGUCUAGAUCAUUUAACAUAUCCAAUAUUUGUUCAGCAAUUUAUUAAACAUAAUGGGAAAGUUCUUAAAUUAUUUGUAGUUGGUGAUCAUAGUUGUGUUACUGAAGUUCCUUCCAUCAAAAAUCACGACAAAUCUGCAGAUGGGACUCCAAUAUUUUUUCAUUCACAUAGUGUAUCGAAGGAUGGUUGUCAAUCACCUUUAUCUGAAUUGAACUCAUUUUCCGAUAAACAAACGACAACCCCAUAUGAUGAGUCCCUAUUCAAUAUGUUGGCACAUGAAGUUCGAAAAACGCUCAAAAUUGAUUUGUUUGGGAUAGAUCUCAUUUGUGCAACCGAAAAUUCCAUAUCUGAUGCUCUCUCGAAAUCAAACAAAUACGCCAUUAUUGACUUAAAUAUUUUUCCAAGCUACAAGAAUGUGCAUGGGUUCUUGUUUUAUUUAGAGAAUCUAAUCAGGGAAAAACUCUCCUUGCCUUUACUUUCGAAUGAUAGUACCGAUGUCCAGAAAUAACACAAAGUAGUGAUUUUUAUUAUUAUCUCGAAUACCUCGUAGCUGUUCGUAAAAAUUGAAACUUACUUAUUUUUAUAAGACUUUUGUGAAACUAUUUUGAUUUCUUAAACAACGGUUUAUAUUGUUUUUCCUUUCUUACUACGGUCAGAUUUUUCUACUCUUAUGCAGUAUACUUAUCGUUUUCUUACGCUUCCUUUAGCAUUGUUUGAUUGUACUACUGAUCAGCAGUACGCGUUAUAUUUGUUAAUCGCUACGAAUAAUAUAAAUUGGAACGAGUCCUCCAAUUUCUUAAUACAUCGUCUAGACUAAAAAUAUUGUAACUAACUCUCACCAAAAUGUAAUCGAUCGUGAGAUGUAAACAUCAUGCUCAAAAAGAAACUAGUCACAGCUAUAUUGAACUAAAUAGUUUUAUAACGAACAAAAACAAGGUUUUAUUUGUUUGAUUCAAUUUACACACUGAAAUGAUUCAAAAUAAUUGCCUCGAGUGUAAUCUGAACAUCGAUGAAUC